GAUGGGUUAAAGCAAAGCUACUCAAAUAUUCAUCGUCACGAUAGCAUCAGAGUAGCUGCUAUAUUGUGUGUUUCAAAUCAUUUAUUUGUAAGAAGAAGAUAGUCACUGCCGUAUUACUACUGAUCGCUAGCUUUAUUGGCCUUUCAUCGUUAUUGACCUUCUUGAUUUUCGUAUCGUUCCUCCUCUGCCCCCUCCCCCUCCGUCACAAGUUUCCAAUCCAAGCCACUAUCUAUCCAUACUGAUCCAUAUGAUGCGUACACUUGCGUUGAGCUGUCGUUUGUGUUGGAGCGUUCAAACCGCAAGCAAGCAAACCGCGCACAUAAGUCUUAAAAGAUUUAAGGUCUGAUUAUAGUCCCCCAUGGACGAAGAUAGUGAAGCAGACCUGCAUCCUGUCGCGCUCCUCAACGACAGCGACGACGAUGAAUUGUUCUGCGAAGAAGCUCAGUCUUCCGAUUCAGAAGCAGAAUGCCAUAGCUUGCAGCCUAUGCAGCCCGUCUCGAAUGACAUCGAAACUGAUGUUCCGUCACCGCAAGACGAAGAUUCCAUCGUAGGGUCAGGUAUCGCCGAUAUUCCAAACGACCUCGAAACUUGCUUGGCGAUGAACAAAGCUUACCAAGACAUUCUGUUAGACGCCCUCGAUAAAUGUUACCUGCUUUUGGAGCAGAACCGCGAAAUGCAAGCAACCGGCCCAAAACUUUUGGCGGAGCGUUCAAAGGCCGCACAGACGCGGCUGCCUUCCGCUUGUAACACGUUCCUGUAUCCGUACUUUCGGGACAGAUGCGGAAUGCCGGCACCGCCGAACGAAGACGAAAAAAUCAAGCGGGCCAACAACGAAGCGUGCCCGUACCUUAGACCCCCUCCUCGUUGGACAACGGAAGAGAUUGAAACUUUGCGUCACGGUGUCCACAACAGCCUAGUAGAACGCGCGUUGGAGUCCUGCAUGAACCGUAAACAAAUACUAGCCGAAAAAUUAAUCGUUAAACGCGACCCCGAACUAGAAGAGCGCGUGCGAGAAAUUGAAUCAGAAAUGGAAGAAAUUAAAAAGCUAAACGUCCGAGAACUGGCAAGUAAAGUGAACCGGCCACCCGACUGGUUGCGCAUAUCCGCGGUAGAUUUUGAAGGUUUGCGUAGCGACGUCUCGUGCGAGCUGAUGUGGAAGCACCUGCUCCGUCCGGAGUUAAACCAGAAGGCGUGGAUGCCGGAGGAAGACGCGAGGUUGAAAGAGUCCGCGGAGAAGUGGCAGGAACACAAUUGGGAAGAGGUAGCGAAAGAGUUGAGGAGCGGACGGAGCGCGUUCCAGUGCGCUCAGCGUUACCACUCGAAGCUCGUGAGUAGGACGCAGUCUGGACCGUUCACCAAGGAAGAGGAUGAGCUGCUCUUGAGGCUGGUGGACGUGUGUCGUGACGGCGACUACAUCCCUUGGAGACAGGUGGCGUACUACAUGGAACAUCGCAGCCGGGCUCAGCUGAUAUGUAGAUGGGACAGGUCCCUGCGGCCGACUAUCAAGCGAGGCAAAUGGACCCCCGAGGAAGACCUCAUACUCCUCAGUGCGGUCAAGCUGCACGGCACUUCGCAGUGGAACAAGAUAGGAGCUGCCCUGCCCAACCGUCCCAUUGCCGCCAUUAGGGAACGAUACAUUGACCAUUUCAAGAUGGAUCUCGUGUUUGGUAGCUUCACUCCCGAGGAAGACAGGAUGCUGCUGGACCUGGUCGAGAAGCAUGGGCCGAAAUGGUCCCGCAUCGCGCGAGACAUGUCAUGGCGGACUGACAACGCCAUCUUGAUUCGAUACAAGAAGCUGGCACAGGUGCUCAACCUGGAGUCCACGGAUCAGAUUGCAGAAAAGAAGCACAACCUUCCCGUUACGCACGGCAGACGCCGAGCUCUCAUGACUGCAGAGUCACGGCGGAGGGAGUUGUUCUCCGUGGUGAGCCAAAAAAUCCUGUCACGCCGGCAGCAACAGCAGGCUCGCAGGAUGGUGCUCGAUGAAGACCUGGAGCGUUCCGAGUAUCACGCUCUUUACAGAGCCCUCCUCAACCAGAAGGAUGCAAGAAUAACGACGAGACAAAAGCAGGUGGUGAGCGUGGGCUUACCGGCACCCCCCCUCUUCCCCCGUUGCUUGCCCUUGCCUACCGUGGACAGGGAGACGAGAAGCAAAGGCCGUGUCCUCGAUGCUUCCAUUGCAAGAUUUCUUGGUGUCCAGACAGUGGUGUGUCCAACGCAACAUUGGCGAGUUUAUGAACACGAGGAGAACGGCGGAAUCCUAAGUGUUCUCCGCAAAAUGCAUGACCUACCACCCAGGGAAGGGCAGCCAGAAUCUGAGCCAGAGGCACUUUUUGCCGAAUACUUCCAGCAAAAAGUCCUAGGUUGGGAAACUGAGGUGCCUACCUUCCCCCCGCCAGUGUUGCCGCCAAACAUGACAACCACGGCCACUUACUCGCACCUACUAGACCGGGUGAAGCAAAUGAAAAUACCCGAGCACAUCGACCAUUCCGAGUUGGCCGACGCCUUAAGUAAGAGGAGCGCCGACGCCGUGCUGUGCUCCAUCUGCAAGCUCCGAAAUGAAGCUCACGCAGGCCCCGCCAGGUGUCUCCAGUGCUGCAGGCUGCGGCAGAUCUACGAGCACUACAAGGUCUUACGCGGCCACUUCCUCUCGUACUUCCUGUGGCCGGCCAUCUUGAGUGGUCAACCAGUGGAGAAGCCGCCACCGGAGCAGAAAGGAAAGCCCAACAGGAGAAAAUCGGACCAUCUAAAAAUAAGGAAACACCAAAGAAAACCAUGGGUGGCAGAAAAAUGGAAGCAGCACCGUGAAGCCAAGCAGAGAGCUGCAGCAGCGGCUCAAGCGCAAGCCAGCGACCCGUCCCGGGGUCAGCACCAGGACAGUCGGGACGCCGCCGAGCAGGAGGAUCAAGAUGAGGCUGAAAAUCAGAUCAGGCACGACGUUCAGAAUAAUGUGGAUCACGAAAUGUGUGAUGAGCCUAACAAAGAAAUCGAAGGCGACACCUGCAAUGAGGGCUCUGGAGACAUGCAACGGGGCGUAGAAGAAAGUGUACCUGCUUUUGGACACGCCGAAAUCAGCACCGUUGAAGCGCCGAUGAUCAUUGGGUGAUAAUCAUAGUUCUGGAGAACCUUUAUACUACUUCUACCACUGUUAUUUAUGCUACUUCAUUCACCUAACGGAAUGCACUCCACCACCACUCAUCGUGUUUCAGUAUUGUGGUUUUCUCAUCUUGCAAUCUUGUUUUCAAGUUGUUGACCAGUGUGUUAUGUAGAUAGUGUUGGUAUUUAUACAGUCAUUUUUCUGUCCUAUUUUCUUUUUUUGCUAAUAUUUGCGUUACGAAUCGAUUGCGAGGAGCAUUAAACGAGACAUUAUUGAUAUCUAGUGCUCAAUGUCUCUGCUUAGCAUAUACCAGCUAGCAUGGAAGUGCAGCACGCCAGAUGGUUUGAGGCAUGAUGCUGGAGACAUGCAGUUCACUCAACACAUACAGGGAGCUCUUAAGUGAAUGAGUGAUGUUGACGAUACCUUGUGACAUAAACAGCGGGCUGAAAGUAGUGCUGUGCCAUACUCGUAGCAGACAGAAUUUUCAGUGGGAAAUAAGACAACAGAGCUGCAUGCUGUGCUGAUGCUACGUCACACCGAUCUCAUUUGGCACACAGUACCCAGGCACCUCACCUCACCUCAGCUCGUGGGAAAGUGAAAACUCUAUGCAGAUGGUUGCUGCUAGAUGUUAUGUUAACAACCAAGAAAAAAAAAUCAACAUCACUGACUGCAGGAAUGCUUUUUAUUCUCCAUUGUGAGUAUUCUCCAAGCGCAUGUGCAACGCCUAUCUUUGACAUAGGAGUACCUAAUUCUGCAUACGCACUUUGCAAUUGCAAUAAAAAGAUGUGUAUGAAAUUGCA